AUGUUAUACUUAUUCAUGUGUGCUGAACUUUCUGAUAAUAUCAAGAAAUUAUAUGUAGAUGAUACAGAUGUCAAUCCCGUUGAAUAUUCUUUUAAAUUUAAGUGUACCAAAUGUGGUGAAGAUGCAGAGAAAAUAAAUAACUUUAAUUUACAUGAAAAACAUGAAAUUCAAGGUGGAAAAGGUGAAGCUACGUUUAUAAUGAAAUGUAAAUUCUGUGAAAGCGAUAAUACUGUAUUGGCUAACACUUUUGAACCUUGUCUCUUUGCACAACAAGAAGAGCAUAGUGAUAAUGAUAAGAGAAAAAAAUAUGGGUUGAAUGGGAACAAGAUAGAUAUUAAUAAUUAUGCAGCUAUUAUGCAAUUAGAUUCUAGAGGUUGGGCAAUAAAUGAUUUCUUAUAUACCGCUUUACCAUUUAAAGUGGAAUUAAAUUCUGGUAAGAUUAUGGAUUGUCAAUUUGAAGAUGAUGGGUCAUGGUACGAUUAUGAUGAUGAGUCAAGUGAAGAAGUUUAUAUCACAGAUUUUAAAUAUAAAAUUGAAAAAGGAAAAUAG